UAAGAGCAACAAAACGAUAAACCAUCAACUGUGUUUGUUUACAUUUUAAAAAACUAAAAUCAGUAAAACUAUAAUAGUUAUUUCAAUAAUCGUCUGUCGUCCAACUUGAGUCAUGGCUUCUGCAAUCAGUAAAUCUUGCAACAAAAUACCAUUUGAAUUAUUUUGUUGUGUAUGUGAAGACAUUUAUAAUGCAAAAAAUGAAAAUAAAAUCCUCAUUCUAGAAAAAUUCAUUAAUAAAUGUCGAGGGUCUGUUGAGAAAAGUGAAAACUUAAAUAUUGAAGACACAUUUUACCCGGCAUUAAGGUUACUGUUACCUGUAUCAGACAAACAAAGAGGAGCAUAUGGCAUUAAAGAAACUGCGUUGGGAAAGUUAUAUGUAAAAAUAUUAUGCCUUGCAAAAGACAGUCCAGAUGCUCAAAGACUUUUGAAUUUCAGGGUGCCAAAAGUUUCUGGGCCUACAGCUGGAGACUUUGCUGAAACUCUGUAUUGGGUUAUAAGAAGUAGAUUUGAAGACAAUGGUUCAAUGACUAUUGCUGAUGUCAAUCAAUUAUUAGAUGAAAUAGCCUUAAAAUAUGCUACAAAUGAAUCAAAGGAAGUGGAACAAAUUUUACAGUCAGCACUAUUCAAAUUCAGUGCAAAUGAGCAAAAAUGGUUGGUUCGUCUAUUAUUAAAAGAUAUGCGCUUAGGUAUUGCUCAUACAAAAAUAUUAAAAGCGUAUCAUUGUGAUGCCAACGAUUUAUAUGAUGUUUGCAAUGAUUUAACAAAAGUUUGUAAAAUGCUGAAUAACCCGUCAGUGGUUUUGCAUGAGAUAUCUGUUAAUUUAUUUGAACCCUUUUGUCCAAUGCUAAGCCAACGCUGUGAAAUUACUGAUGAUAAUCAAAUAAUGAAAACAAUAAAAAAUGAUGAAUUAUUUGUUGAUAUUAAAUUGGACGGUGAAAGAUUUCAACUACAUUGGUCCAAAGAAAAAAACCUUUUUAAAUAUUUUUCUAGAAAAGGCAAUGAUUAUACAGAUACAUAUGGUUGUAAUGACGUCAAUGGUAUUCUGAGUCCAGUAUUAGCAAAACAAUUUAAACCUGAUGUAAAGAAUUGCAUAUUAGAUGGUGAAAUGAUGUGUUAUAAUACUAAGUAUAAAUCAUUUUCCACAAAAGCCAUGAAUAUUGAUGUGAAAAAAUUAAGAAUAGGGAAUACACAUCAACCAUGUUUUUGUGUAUUCGAUAUUGUCUAUUAUAACGAUGUUGUAAUUACCAACCGUCCAUUAGAAGAACGGUUAAAUAUUUUAAAUACAAUAUUUGACCCUUUAGAAGGAAUUUUUGUACAUACUACGAGACAUAAAGCAAGAAAAAUUGAUUUAAUGAAACAUCUUAACAAUGCAAUUGAUAACUAUGAGGAAGGUAUUGUAGUCAAAGAUCCAUUAUCAAUUUAUAAGCCAAAUUCGCGAAAUGCAGGAUGGUUUAAAAUUAAGCCAGAAUAUACUGAUGGUGCACUUAUUGAAUUAGAUCUCUUAAUUAUUGGUGGAUACUACGGUGAAGGUAAAAAACGAGGUGUUGUGAGUCAUUUUCUAGUGGGUCUUUUGGAAAAAGAUGGUGAAUCGUCUAAAUAUUCUGCCAUCAGUCGAGUUAGUUCAGGAUUUUCAACAGAAGAACUAGCUGGUUUAUCGAGGCAAUUAUCACCUCAUUGGAAAAGAUUUAAUCUUAAAGAUAUGCCACCAAAUAUUGAGUGGGGUAAAGAAAAGCCUGAUCUUUGGAUUGAACCCGAAUCAUCAGUUAUUAUACAAGUGAAGGCAACAGAAAUUAUGACAAGCCAUGUUUUUAAAAGUAAAAUAGCAUUACGUUUCCCACGAAUUGAAAAAGUUCGUUACGACAAACCAUGGCAUGACUGUAUGACCAUUGAGGAAUUUGAGUCUAUAAUCAAGCAAACAGAGGGAAAAUUGUAUACUUCCCAUACUGAUGGCACGAAUCGUUCAGGUAAAAUUAAAAAAUCUCGUGUGACGGUAACCGUUGAUAAAAAAUUUCAAGGCCCAAAUUUAAAAGAUGUCAAUUGUAUUAAUAAUAUGUUUGAAGAAAAAGAAUUCUGUGUCCUUAAUGAUAGUGAAACUUUGAGCAAGAGUGAAAUUGAAAAAAAGAUUCUUGAAUAUGGUGGCCGAGUCGUUCAAAAUCCCGGCAGUGAUACUUUUUGUGUUCUUGCCAACAAUAUUAAGCAUAUAAGGGCACAUGCAAUAAAAUUAUCAGGCAAAUAUAGUAUAAUAAGCACAAAAUGGAUACUGUCAUGUUUUAAUGAUAAUGAAUUUCUUAACUGGACACCUGAAAACGUUUUGUUUUUAUCCAAGGAGCACCAGCUAUUAAUGAAUGAAAAAUUUGAUCAGUAUGGUGACAGUUAUACAGAAUUAGCUACUGUUGAAACAUUACGCCAGGCAAUGGAUCGAGUUGAGCUAGAUGAUGAUUUAAUCAACACAGAAGUUGAUGCUUUUUUGGAUUUCAAAAACGAACUCUUUAAUGAAGAACAGUGUUUUAAAAUUUUUGAAAAAUACCAAGUUUAUUUUGAUGAUUUAAAUUUAGAUAAUUUGCCUGUCAGAAAUUUCCACACAAACACAGUGUUAGAAAUGCUGAUAUUUAAAUUUAAUGGAGGCACAGUCUGCAAAAAUAUUGAUAACAAUACUACUCAUGUUGUAAUUCAUUCAAGUAGUAAAAAUAACGCUAAUAAGUAUCAAACUAUGAAAAGAGACCAGAACCAAGCAUUUGAAAUUGUCGAUGAGAAUUGGAUCACACAAAAAAUAAAAUGGUAGACAAUAAAAAAAAAAAAAAUUGAUUUGUGAUAUUUAUUAAUUUUCUUAUUCCAA